AUGCCGCCUAAGAAGGUAUCGCUACCACCAAAUCCGCCAGCCGAUCCAUCGCAGAACAUCCCACUUCAGUAUACCACCUUCUUCUCAGUCGCUCCUCUCAACGCAAAGAACGUUUCUUCCUCCUAUCUCAAGACAGAAGCACAGACAUGGAUCACGCGCUCCCAAGCAGCCGUCCAGGAGCAGUCCAAGAAGAGAAGGAUCGAUGGUGGUGAGGCUGCAGAAGGCAGCGUCAUCAUGGACGAGGAGGACGAUCUCGAUGCCGAUGAGGGUGAGAAGGUAGCAGCCGAGAACACGCCAGCACAUCGUACUAUCGUGAUCCACCCUGGCUCGCAGAACCUUCGAUUGGGCCGAGCUACCGACUUGUUCCCCAUAUCGCUGCCCAAUGUGAUAGCUCGCAGAGCAAAGAAGGCGACCCCACCGCAGCAGGUCGCCGAUGCAACGGCAGAUGCGAAGGUGACAAGUGGGGAGGACAUGGACAUCGAUGAAGCUGCUGCUGACGAAGAUGAGGACGAGGGCAAAUCCUCACGGAAGAACACAAGAAGAUCGGCUGCAAAUGAUUCGACUUCCGGCAAGCAAGUCCCGAGCACAUCAGCUGCAGCGGAAGAUGCUUCUGAACAGCCGUCCCUCGACGAAGGCAUCGAGGCGAUCCGUAACGACCUGCGCGCCAUCAUGCGCCAGGAAAAGCUACGAUCUGUCGGAAACGCCAAGAACCUUGCCGCCAACUACAACGACAGCUCUCAGCCAGAGGACGUCCCUGAACACAAUGAUAUGUUCGGUCUCGAAUGGACAGACGAGGAUGUCGGCGGAGACAACGACGUUCUCGUGGGCGAGCAGGCGCUCCGACUCGGGUGCUUCUCUCAGCCCAAGACAGCAGAGCCAAAACAGCAGCGGGGACGAGGGCAACAGCAGACCUUAGCCGUCAAGCCCAUGUCACCGCCCGACUCGACGCGACCCUGGACUCUCUUCCACCCAUUCAAGCGUGGCACGCUCGAUCUCAACGGCUACGAAAAGCACUAUGGUCAAUCUGCCGCGAUACAGACGCUUCUCGGCGACAUCCGCACCGUCUUCGAAUACGCCAUCACCUCGCCGCCGGAGGACACCGAGGCGAGGCAAGAGACCGGCAAACUGGCACCCAUCGGACUCGGCAUCCCGCGAGAAGAAUUCGGCAGCUGUACCGUCAUCCUCAUCGUCCCCGACCUCUUCUGCCGAUCCGACCUAAAGGCGCUCACCGAGCUGCUGCUGGUCGACAUGGGAUUCGCGCAGGUGUGCAUCCAGCAAGAGGCCGUAUGUGCCACCUUCGGUGCUGGUCUUUCAUCCGGCUGCGUUGUGGACAUGGGCUCGGAAAAGAUCUCCAUAUCGUGCGUCGAAGAAGGUCUCAUUCUCCCGGAGACCCGCAUUCAGCUGGCGUAUGGCGGUAGCGACCUCACCAACUUUCUUGCCGAGCUCUUCAUCCGCGCCAAGUUCCCAUAUCGCGAGCUGGACUAUCGCUCGAGCAUCGCAGAUGGCAUGCUGAUCGACGAGCUCAAGCGCAAGCUCAUCACGCUCAAUCCGGCUGAUGUCGGUCUCAACAUCCAUGAUUUCUACCUCCGAUUGCCAGCACGGCCGACGAUGAAGUAUUUGUUCAGGACGUACGACGAGCUCAUCAUGGGGCCUAUGAGUCUGUUCGACCCGGCGGUGUUUGAUCUGGACGGCAAGGCGAGGGCGAAGGGCAAAGCCGGGAUUGUCGACAAGGAUGAGGAGGGUCAGGAUGAGGGCGUAGCGGAAGACUCGCCCGAGCUGAGUGUGCUGCAUGGACUCGAUGUGCCAGUCACUGGCGCCAUGACGGCGUGUGUCAAGCAUCUCUUGCCUCCCCCGCCCGCGCCGAAAGCCCAAGCCGAUGCUACUGGAACAGUGGCCAACUCGGGCGCAGACACUGGCGCGGCUGGAUCCGAAGUCGGCACUCCCGCUCCACCUGCUGAUGUCAAGGGCAAGGCUGAUAGCGCCAUGCCUUCGCGAGCAGCUUCUCCGUCCGCUGGGGCACAAGCAGGCGGUGCGGAAGGUAGUGUUCUGCCCUCCGCCGACGCCUCUGCUCGACCUUCAGCCACUCCCCAGCCCCCUUUCACGGACGCAGCCGCCGCAAUUGCUGCCGAGGACACCGAACCAGCCGAGCCAGCCGGUCCCACCAUCGACAUCCACUACGAAGCCUCCAAAACCCCUCUCGAUCAAGCGAUCCUCAACUCGCUCCUCACCUCGAUCGGCCAAGUCGGUCCCGCUGGCGACGAACGACUGCGCAAGAUGUCCAACAACAUCCUGUGCGUUGGCGGCGCCGCGCGCAUCCCCGGUCUCAGCGCUGCGCUCGAGGCGAGGCUCACGGCGAUGCUCGGCAACCACUUCAGCGCCACGACGGGCGACGCGGGCAACGCGCCCAAGGUGACGGUGAUUCCACCGCCAAGGGAUAUGGACCCGCAAGUCAUGGCGUGGAAGGGCAUGAGCGUAUUUGCGAGGUUGGAGGCCGCGUCCCAGGAGCUGUGCCUGCGGAGGGAAGAUUGGAUGCUGUUCGGAUGGAGGGCGUUGCGCGAGAAGACGCUUUUCUUGUGA